UCAACCACACCCCGAUGAAAGCCAGCAGGGAAUAGAUAGGGGUGAAUGGGGAGGGAACACACAGGCCAGUCCACAUUUCUGUACAUCAGGUCAGAGGGCUGCAGAGACAGAGUCUGCGACAUAAUCUCCCUGUAAUCCCAGCACCUGAGAGAGAACCUGGGAGUCAUGGACAGCAUCCUCAUGCAAAGGAGGCUCUUCCUCUACAACUUCAGGAACCUGCGCAAGGCCAAGGGCCGGCGUGAAACCUACCUCUGCUAUGUUGUGAAGCGCCGGGAUAGCGCUACCUCGUGCUCCCUGGACUUCGGAUACCUGCGCAACCAGAUGGGCUGCCACGUGGAAGUGCUCUUCCUGCGCUACAUCGCAGCCUGGGACCUGGACCCGGGGCGCUGCUACCGAAUCACCUGGUUCACCUCCUGGAGCCCCUGCUACGACUGCGCCCAGCACAUCGCCAACUUCCUGCGCUCCUACCCCAACCUGACCCUCCGCAUCUUCAUGGCCCGCCUCUACUUCUGCGAGGACCGCAAGGCAGAGCCCGAGGGGCUGAGGCGCCUGCACAAGGCCGGGGCACAAAUUGCCAUCAUGACCUUCAAAGAUUAUUUCUACUGCUGGAACACAUUUGUGGAGAACAGGGAACAGACAUUCAAAGGCUGGGAAGGGCUGCAUGAAAACUCUGUCCAUCUUACCAGGAAACUUCGACGAAUCCUCCUGCCACUGUAUGAAGUAGAUGAUUUACGAGAUGCCUUUAAAAUUCUGGGACUUUGAAGUGAAAGUCAUCAGCAACCAGAAGACUUCACAAACACUUGUUCUUUGAUUUCCAGCUCUCUUCCUUACAUCUUUCUCCUCUUCCCUCCUUACAUCCCUCUUCCUUCCAGCCCUGUGUCUAGAGAUAAGAGAGAUAAGACUAUCCUUACUUUUUAUUUCCAAGGAGAAUUAGGCUGAUCUUGUGAAGACACCUUCCCCAGGCUCACACCUUAUCCAUUGCUAACUGGGAAUAGCCAGGACUGCAGUGACACUGCCAGAGAGCGAUUUGCCUCCCCUCAGUCUCUGCAGAGCUAAUCCAGGUGAUCCACUGCAUGGAGCUCUUGGUUUAGCCUUGCCCAUGUGGGAGCAGACAGCCUGCAAAGCUGUUUGUGUGACUGUGUUCCCACUGACCUGCACAUUUCCUGAGGGCUUCAGGGAGCAUAUUUUUUUGACUCCUAGAGCUGCACUACACUCAGCUGCUCUGUGUCCUGCCCUGUGAAAUGGUUUAUUUAUCCUUCUGGAUGUUGGUAGGAAGUCGAAAACCAUCUCGACUGAAGUGGUACAGCCUGUGUAUUAACAGCAAAACUGGCCAGAUACUGGAAAGCUCAGCUGAGAAUGUUGAAGUGGGUCCUUGAGAGCCCAGGUAGCUCAGCUUGAAAGCCUCACUUGAAGCCAGCAGGUGUGCCUAAGUGGAUUGUGUGCAGAGCACCACAGCUCUCACUGUGUGGAGUGCUCUUCAUCCACCGAGCACUUCCCCCUAGACCAGAUAUGCAAAAUUCUCCCUCCCCAGCCAACUGCUUCUGCUGGAGGCACCUUUACAGUCCCACAGUCUUCUGUUUUUCCAAGUCUUCUACUGACCAUAAUAUGGCCAGCAAUGUCUAGUUGGUAACUGUACUGAGAGCUGGCCAGAAAAAAGUCCUGGCAUACGCAAAGCUCUUUAGCCUGUAAAUAGGUAUCUUCUGUAGGGGCGAAAAUCAAACCAUCCUCCUGCCUGGCAAUCACUCUGUUUCCACUAGGGGACCCCACUAGCUCCUGAUGUGGUCUUUACAAGUCUUUACAAGACUGUCUUUACACAGUCUUUACAAGCUGGAGGUAAGGGUUCAUAGUACAUGCCUGCUCACCACCACCUUACCACCACCUAAAUUAUAGCUGGACUGCCCUCUCCAGUCUAACCUCUUGAGGCUUUGACUAAGGCUAAGUGCAUCCCACACUCUGAGUGUGCUCUGUCAUUUCCUUCAUGAUGGCUGCAAGUUCUCUGCUCAGUCCUGCUCCUCCUUCUGGGUAAGGCUGGAGGCUCCUCAGGACACCUCUGGUGCUAGGCCAGAUUCAGGACAGCAGAGAGCCCUGCUCUCUGCUAGGAGAGGUCACAACCAGCCAGGUGUGUCACAACCUUCCUACAACUUCAGGCUUCCAAGGCACUCUCAGCUUGAGGAAUUUCGACCAGGAAUAGAAAUAAGAGUCCUUUGCAAAGAAUUAAUUUGCAAGCAUGGUGUUGUAUAUUUGUUUCAUAUGGUGCAUAUUAUUUAUAUAA